AACCUUCGGCUCUGCUCCGGCUUGCGCGAGGCACGGGUUUCCCGCGCGGCUUCCGGGUAGGUCCUGUUCGGGUCCCACACGCGGCGCCGCGCCGGGACUUGGCCAUGUCUCCGCGGGCCUGGCGGCGGCGGCUCCUGCAACGGUGUCUGCAGCAGGUCAACGAGGCCACUCGGCGGCCGGAGAGCUUCCUCACGACUCAGGAUGAACUGGCAUCCAGCUUUAUUUCUUUAACGAAAGUACUCUACGACUUCAAUAAGGUGUUAGAGAAGGGGAGAAUCGAUGGCAGUCCUUUGCAGAAACUCGGGGUAAGCAAUUUCGACGACGAGCAAAUCUGGCAACAGCUGGAGCUGCAGAAUGAGCCGGUCCUCCAGUACUUCCACGAUGCUGUCGGUGAGUUGGCAGAAGAUGAGGACAUCAGCCUCUUGCCAGAGCGUGGAGACCAGGAGCGCGAGGAGGAGGAGGAGGAGGAAGGCUCGGACAUGGAAGUUGGGGCUGGAGGCCAAGAGGAGGCCGAGCCAGAUUCCGAGGAGGAGGAAAUGUCCGGCCUGGGCGCUGGCGGUUCUGAAGGAGAGGAGGAUGUGCAGGACUCAGGCAGAAGUGACCGGAAAAGCCCCGCGUUCAGCGAUGAGGAUUCGGAUCUGGACUUUGAUAUCGGCAAGCUGGAGCGGCAGAGCAGGGUGCCGCCCAGCAGGCUGGCACCACAGAGCAAGGGGCCGAGCCAGGCGCCCGGGAAGCCACGAGAGAAGUCCGUAGUGGACGAUAAGUUCUUCAAACUGUCCGAAAUGGAGACUUUUCUAGAAAACAUGGAAAAACAAGAACAGCAGAAUGACAAGGAAAAUGACGAGGAGGAAGAUGAUAUUGACCUUUUUGAAGAUAUAGAUUCUGACGAAGAUGAGGGAGGGCUGUUUGGAAAUCAGAAACCGAAGUCAGCUAAAAGUUCCAGAAACCUGAAAUACAAGGAUUUCUUUGAUCCGGUUGAAAGUGAUGAAGAGGCAGCGAGUACCGAGGGUGAGGAGCUGGAUUCCAACGGAGACGAGGAAGAAACUGCUGAGGAGGACGCGGCAGAAGGAAGCAUUUCUGAUACAGAUGAAGAUAAUGACCUUGAAAGUGAAGACAGUAAACAAAAACAAAUUUCAAAGAAAGUGACAUUUGCUUUGCCAGAUGAUGAGGAGACUGAAGAUGCAGAUGUUCUAAAUAUAAAAAAGGAUUCAGAGGAAGUUAAAUCCUCUUUUGAGAAAAGACAGGAGAAGAUGAAUGAAAGGAUUGCAUCUUUAGAAAAAGAAUUGUUGGAAAAAAAGCCUUGGCAACUUCAAGGGGAAGUGACUGCACAGAAACGACCUGAGAACAGCCUGCUGGAGGAGACCCUGCACUUCGACCAUGCUGUCCGGAUGGCUCCUGUGAUCACGGAGGAAACCACACUUCAACUGGAAGAUAUCAUUAAGCAGAGAAUAAGAGAUCAGGCUUGGGAUGAUGUCAUAAGGAAAGAGAAACCCAAAGAAGACGCCUAUGAGUAUAAAAAGCGCUUAACCUUGGACCACGAGAAGAGCAAGUUGAGCCUGGCUGAGAUUUACGAGCAGGAGUACCUCAAGCUCAACCAGCAAAAAGCAGAAGAAGAAGAAAAUCCAGAGCACGUAGAGAUUCAGAAAAUGAUGGAUUCCCUGUUUCUAAAAUUGGAUGCUCUGUCCAACUUCCACUUCAUCCCUAAACCGGCUGCACCAGAGAUCAAAGUUGUGUCCAACCUGCCGGCCAUUACAAUGGAGGAAGUGGCCCCAGUGAGUGUUAGCGAUGCAGCCCUCCUGGCCCCAGAGGAGAUCAAGGAGAAAAAUAAAGCUGGAGACAUAAAAACAGCUGCUGAGAAAACAGCCACAGACAAGAAGCGAGAACGGAGGAAAAAGAAGUUUCAGAAGCGUAUGAAACUGAAAGAGAAAGAGAAGCGGAGGAAGCAGCUUGAGAAGAGUGAUGGGGACCAAGCGGGGAAAUACACCAAGGCCAGAGCUGCUGCGACCGUGAAGCACCUGACCAAAACCGGCAGAGCUGCGCUGCUGAAGGAUGAAGGAAAAGACAAAGCUUUAAAGUCAUCUCAAGCAUUCUUUUCUAAAUUACAAGAUCAAGUAAAAAUGGAAAUCAAUGAUGCAAAGAAAACAGAAAAGAAAAAGAAAAAAAGACAAGAUAUUUCUGUUCACAAGUUAAAAUUGUAAUAUAUUUUGAAAUAAUGUAAAUAGUAACGUGUAAGCUUUUACGCUUACGUUGCAUUGUUCUGUUUUGUAAUAAAAUGUUUGAAAACUU